AAUAAGGGGAAGAUAACCUUCUUUAUCCAAGAUGUCGGCGCCCAGGCCUGUUACACAUGUCAUUUUUGACAUGGAUGGAUUAAUACUUGACACAGAAAGGCUUUAUACAAUUGCUUCUCAGACAGUGUGUUCACAAUAUGGUAAAGAUUUCACAUGGGAUAUUAAAGUUAAACAAAUGGGCAAGAAAGAAAUUGAGUCAGUUAUGAUAAUAAUUGAUGAGCUUCAACUUCCAUUAACACCUGAAGAAUACAUAGAAAAAUGGCGAGCAGAACAAAUAAAUCUUUUUCCAACAGCACCUUUCUUACCAGGUGCUGAGAAACUCAUCAAGCAUCUCCAUGGCCACAACAUUCCCAUUGCCAUAGCAACAGGUUCAAAUUCAUGGAGUUAUAAUUUAAAAACUUCCAAUCAUAAAGAAGUAUUUGAUUUAUUUCAUCAUGUGGUUAAGAGUAGUGAUGAUCCAGAUGUGAAAAAUGGUAAACCGGCUCCAGAUUGUUUUCAUGUGUGUAGAAACAGAUUUGAUAGCAUCCCUUCUCCCGAAAAGGUACUUGUGUUUGAAGAUGCUAGUAAUGGUGUUUUAGCAGCACAUUCAGCAGGAAUGCAGGUAGUUUGGGUGCCAGACCCCAGAGCAGAUAGAACAGAAACAUCUAAACUAGCUACACUAACAAUAAAUUCAUUAGAGGAAUUUAAUCCACAAGACUUUGGUUUACCAACAUACUGCAGUUGAAAAUAUACCACACAUAAAAACUUUAGAUUUAUACCCUUACUAUUAAAUAAUAAUUUAUUGUGAUUAUACAUAAAUUUGUUAUUUUUACUCUUUGUUAUAUGAAUUUGUUAUGAAUAUAUUGUGAUUUUAUAUAUGUAGAGGACAAUAUUUUAAAAAAUAAACAGAUUGAUUGUUGU